CAGUUCGGUUCUAUUACUCAUCUAACUCCAUAGGUGGUGGGGACCGUACAAUUUUGAUUUAAGAUAAUUUUAAAUUAAUUAUUUAUAUUUUGUGUGAUAAAGUACUACAUAUUUUCUCCCAGUUAUUCAACAUGUCAAACAAUAAUAGUUACAGGACUGUGUAUGCAUUCGCCAGAGAAAUGUAUCCUAAGAAAAAGGACUCUUUUUUGCAAUAUGGGACAGCAGGUUUUAGAACAAAGGCUACGGAACUGCACCAUGUGAUGUACAGAAUGGGUUUACUUGCUGUGCUCAGGGCAAGGUACAAAAAAGCUGUAGUAGGUGUAAUGAUCACUGCUUCUCACAACCCCGAGGCAGAUAAUGGAGUGAAAAUAAUUGACCCUCAUGGUGAAAUGCUUGAAGAAACGUGGGAGACUUGGGCUACGAAGUUCGCGAAUGUUGUUGACGAAAAAUUGGAAGACACGAUCAAUGAAGUUAUCAAACUCUUCAACAUCGACAACAUGGGCGACAGGGUGGAGGUAGUUAUAGGAAAAGACACGCGGCCCAGCAGUCCCACAUUGGCGAAAGCCGUCCAAGAUGGAGUACUAGCAUUGUCGGGGAAACCAGUAGAUUAUGGUAUUGUCACAACGCCUCAGGUCCAUUAUUUUGUAGUUUGUAAAAAUACUAAUAGAGCUUAUGGUCAACCCACAGAAGAAGGGUACUACAGAAAACUGAUAAACGCUUUUCUAAGGAUAAGAGGUGAUAAGUAUAAUAAAGACAAUUACGAUAAUAGAGUGAUAUAUGAUGGUGCUAAUGGUGUAGGUGCUAAGAAAGUAAAAUAUUUAAGAGAGGUUUUGAAAGAUAGUCUUCUUGUCGAAAUGUACAAUGAUGAAAUAAUUGGAUCAGGGAAACUAAACCAUUUGUGUGGCGCAGACCACGUCAAGUCUCAGCAAAAAUUUCCUCAUGGUCUUCCCAAAGAGAAAAAUACUCGUUGCUGUUCUGUAGAUGGCGACGCCGAUAGAAUUGUCUACUAUUACCUUGACGAUAACGAAAAAUUCCAUCUCCUAGACGGUGACAGAAUAGCUACCUUGGCUGCUUCUUAUCUUAAGGAAAUUUUACAAAAGACUGGUUUGAACUUGAAAAUAGGGUUAGUUCAAACCGCGUACGCCAACGGAGCGUCGACUGAAUACAUAUCUAAAAAUUUAAACGUACCUGUAGCUUGUGCAUCCACAGGAGUAAAACAUUUACAUAGACUAGCUUUAACUUAUGAUAUUGGUGUAUAUUUUGAAGCAAAUGGACACGGUACUGUCGUGUUUAGUAAUGAGGCGAAAAAAACUCUGGUUGCUGCUAUGAAAAGUGAUAGUUUAUCUAGUGAACAGAAAGCGGCUUGCAAUAAACUUUUAAAUUUAAUAGAUUUAAUUAACGAGACUGUAGGUGAUGCAAUAUCCGAUAUGUUAUUGGUAGAAACGAUUCUUCACGAAAGAGGAUGGAACGUCAAGCAAUGGGAAGAAUGUUACACAGAUUUACCUAAUAGAUUGAUGAAAGUUACAGUUAAGGACCGUAACGUCGUAACCACAACGGACGCAGAACGGAUAUGUGUCUCUCCAGAUGGACUCCAAGACGAAAUCAAUUCGAUAGUGUCUAAAUAUUCCAAAGCAAGAUCCUUUGUUAGAGCUUCGGGUACAGAAGAUAUAAUUCGAGUGUAUGCUGAAGCAGCGACAGUAGAAGAAGCCGACAAAUUAACAAACGAAGUCGUUAAAAAGGUGUACGAACUCGCGGGGGGUAUAGGACCGAUACCUGAGAUACCUAAUUGAAGCUAUUUAAGUAUAUAUAAGGUGUCCCAGAUUUGAAUGGCAGUCAGUUUGUGUAUAAUAAGCUAUUAAUAUUUAAACAGAAACAAGAGGUUACUUUUUAAGAUGAAAAGUAACAAAAAUAAUAUUGAUUUGAUUAACUUUUAACUUAAUAUGCAUGAUAACAUUAAUUUGACUCAGAAACAAUUUUAAAGACACUGCAUGUUAAUUUUCGGUGCACCAUAACUGAGAAAUAAUUAUUAUAACGUGCAAAUUAUUCAGAAUUUAUGACUUUUCUGGUAUCCUGCUUGUGUAGUACAGUCAAAAUACUCUGUAUUAAGACUGGAAUUUUACCAGAUUAUUAAAUAAUUAUUGUAAUAAAUAAUUCACAAAUAAGAUCACAGUUAUGGGCACCACCGUCUCUUCUUACUUUUGCGUAAUUUUACACGCACUUAUUAGGACAUCACUUUCACUCGACGAAGUCAUAAUAAGAACUAAAAAAACGCAGAAUUAUAUUUUUUCAGUGUAUAAAGUCGAGUCUGCAAUAAAACUCAUGCUUCUGUCUUAUGUAUUCGGUGUGUAGCAUAGGUACACAUUCUUUGAAACCUAAAACACGACGUAAAAUCCCCUCCACAUGGCAAUUUACCGAUUCUAAACAGUUCCAAUUCCACAUUUUAUCUUUUAUUUUAUAUAGUUUUUUAUUGAGAAAACUUUUUGAUUUAAUAUUUUUCCAUUUCGGAUCUAGGAUUUUUUACAACAUUUAAGCAUCACUAAUUUUGAUUAUACAUUAUUUUAGCUCACAAAACAAGAACCGUGUGUACAUUUUAAUUCUUGUUUCUACAACAGUGUUAACAAUGCAAUUUUUAGCACUCCAUAGGAGCGUUAAAAAUGCUACUUUAAAGCACUAGUGCUUUAAAAUUUUUAAGGCACUGCAGUUAAAAGUGAAUUGUCAAAUUGUGAAACGUCAAAAUAUUUAUAUUUCAUCUAUUAACAUUAAUUAAUUAACAAAAGGUGGUUUAAAAGGUUUUUUAAAAUUUAAUUUAAACUGUAUUAUUGCAUUUUUAACACGAUUGUAGAAAAAAACUAUUAAAAUUUGUUAGAAUAUACAACAAUAAAAGUAAGAUGUUAUUCUAUAGUUGUUAUGAUUUACGUAUUGACAGUAUAGGCAGUUUUGAUGUAAUGUCAAGAAAAAUAUAAAAAUAGAAUGUCAGUCAAGUUCAGGCAAAAGAUUUUGUAGAUAUUGUCCUGUAAUUGAGAAUGAAUAAAUUAUAAUUGUUGAUAUAUAAGACGUUUGUAGAAAAAAUGUUGUAUGAUGUACGUGUUAAAAAGUACAUUUUUAAGGCACUCAUGUGAAUUGCAGAAUUCGGUGCGCUCAUUCUGCAAACUUUCACAUGCGUGCUUUAAACGGGUACUUUUGAUACUUAUACCAUAAAUAACUAUUAAUUUCAAAGCUUUUAGUUUGUGCUGAACUGUAACAACUAAAAGCACUAUAUCUAUUGAUGUACAGUCGACUCAACCCAAAAUAUCAACGCUUUUUGGUUUUCAUGGGAUUUUUAUUGAAAAUUAUUCCUGCAAUCUGGCUUUGGCCAGUGGCGUUGCAAAGGAGGGAAUAUUAAGGACAAAUUACAUAUAUUACAUUUA